AUGUCACUAAAGCUCAUCUGCUUCUUCCUCUGCGCUCUGAUUGCAGCAAAUCUCACAGGUGAAGAUGCGUUGUUGCCAGCACCUCAGAAUAUCUCUAUUCUUUCUACCAACAUGAAACACUUCUUAACUUGGAGUCCAGUGAUCGUCCAGGGACAAACUGUGCGAUACUCUGUUGAGUUUCAGGGGGAGUAUGAACGAGAGUACGCCAAUGAGAGCUGGAUUCCCAUCUGUGAAUGUUCACUCAUCGCAGCCACAGUCUGUAACAUCACGGAGGAUAUCUCAGCCACUGUGGCCUAUAACCUGCGUGUAAGGGCAGACGUUGGUGCUAGAAGAUCAGAGUGGGGCACCCUGAAGGGUUUCUUCAAUCGCAUCACAACUUCCCUCACCCCACCUCUGAUGAAGGUCAUAGCAGAUGGGUAUCAUUUACUAGUGGAGCUGGAAGACAUGGGGCCUGCCUUUCAGUUCUGUGUUCUCUAUUGGAAGAAGGGCCAGGAGAGUAGGAUGCAACAGAAGGUGGUGAAAGAGGUCAGUUCUGUGGUUCACCUGGACACCAUGGAGGCAGGACCUGAUUAUUGUGUAAAAGCUCAGACCUACGUCGAGGCGAUCAACAGAAGCAGCAGCUUCAGCCAGACACAGUGUGUGAGGGCACAAGGUGGCAGAUCCAUGUGGCUGGUUACUGCCCUCAUCUCCUCUGCUGGCUUUGCUGUGGCGGCUUUGACCUUGCCUUUCCUCACCUGGAAAACAAGGAAAAUCUUUCAGUACUCCUGCUGCCCCGUUGCUGUCCUGCCAGAAACACUGAAAGUAUCAGAGCCCCCCACCCAGCUGACACUGUGUGGCAGUGAAGAAGCUGAGCAAUGUGAUCUGAUGGUGCGUGUGAUGCCCUCAGAAGAAGUUCUCCGACUGUGGAUUCAAGAAACCCUUUAG